AGGAAUCUGUGCCCAAAAAUAAAAAAUAAAAAAAACAAACACCAGAACGCCAGGAUUGACCACUUCAUACGAUGUACAUGUAGCAAGAAAAUUUUCAUAGGCAAGAUUCAUCACUCAAACAUGGCCGACAUAACUCAUAGGAGAGUCCGGACGAACGGAAUAUGGAUGCACAUAGCAGAGAAAGGAGAUGGGCCUCUGGUUCUGCUCAUCCAUGGCUUCCCCGAGCUCUGGUCCUCAUGGAAGCACCAGAUCCAUCGCUUGGCUGAACGUGGGUACCACGCCGUCGCCCCCGACAUGAGGGGCUACGGGGACUCGGAUUGUCCCACCGACCCGGCAUCGUACACCAUCCUCCACUGGGUCGGCGACUUCGUUGGCCUCAUCGAUGUGCUUGGUCAGGAUCAGGCGUAUGUGGUGGGUCACGACUGGGGCGCGGAAGUAGCAUGGCACCUUUGCCUCCUCAGGCCGGAUAGAGUCAAGGCGCUUGUUAAUUUGGGCGUGCCCUAUCGACCCCGGACCCCACAGUUUAAGCCGUCCGAAUACAUGGCAAAGUUCGGCGACGGGUUGUACAUUACUCAGUUUCAGGAACCGGGAAGGGCCGAGAAGUCGUUUGCCAAGCACGACUGUCCGACGGUAUUGAAGAAGUUCUUACUGGUGAAUGCUCCCGAUAUGCUGGUGGCUCCACCGGGUGUCGAGUUCAUCGAGUCCCUCGAAACCCCGGAUUCAUUGCCCUCGUGGACCACCGAAGAGGAGCUCCAGUACAGGGCAGAGAAGUUCCAGAGAUCCGGUUUCACCGGGGCAUUGAACUACUACCGCGCCAUGGACAGGAAUUGGGAGCUGCUCGGGCCGUGGCAAGGGGCGAGAAUAAGUGUCCCCACAAAAUUCAUUGUUGGGGAUAAGGAUAUUGGGUUCCAAUCAGCCGGGACCAAAAGUUAUAUAGAGAGUGAAUUCUUCAAGGGGCUCGUGCCUGGUAUUCAGGUUCUGGUCAUCGACGGCCACCAUUUUAUCCAGCAAGAGAGGGCGGAGCUAGUCACUGCUGAGAUCCUAUCCUUCUUUGGCGAGAGGUCGGGGAAUUGAGUGUUACGUGCCAAUCGGGUUCGUGGGAUUCGAUUCAAUAAAUUCGAUUUACGUUGCGUGUAUGAAGUAGUGUUUAGAGACUAUAUAACCUACCCUUACAUGGUUUCACUUUUGUGGAUGGUGUUUACUUAAUGGUUGAGCACUGGUCGUGCAACAUAUGUUGGAUUC